GAUUUCCAAUAUAAAUCAUGCGAACCAAUAAGAAAGUUUUCAAUUACAGAGAGAGACUGAGAGAGAGAGAGUCAGAGAGAGAGAGAGUAAUGCAGUUUGCAAGAAGAAGAUACCCACCACGAGAAGGUCUAGAGAUGCCGGCGGCCGAACCGAACCGAACCAGCCGAAGAAGUCACGGGUCGGGUCUAAGGACCCGGCUGGCUUGCACGUGUUCAGGCCGGCCUGGCUCAGCUCGGUGCGUGCGGCACGGUUAUAUGGUUCCAAGCAGAGAGAAGCUAAUGAGGAGAGCAAGUGACGGAAACAGAGAGAUACUGAAGAGAGCCUUGACGCCGCCUAGCCACCGUCGUAUAAGCCACCACUGGUGGAAUUUCCGGCCAACUCCAAGCCGACUCUGUAAUAUGUCUUCUGCUUGAUUCUUCCUUUUUCUUUUUCUUUUGGAGGGUUUUGCUCAAAAUUACACAAUACAUAACCUUUUUUACUUCAUGUUAUGUGAACUUCUAAUCUCAAUAGGGAUCGAAUAAAAAUGUUUAUGUGGUGUAUUCAA